GUUUAGUAUAUGUAGGCAACGUCAUUACAAUUACUUGAAUGCGCAUUUAAAGGGGCUGUCACUCGGCACACUCGGCGGUGUCUUCACGAUCCCUUUAAGAGGUUUUGUCAUACGUGUGUGAAGACACGAGCCUCCUGAAGUUUACCCCUUCUUUCCCUUUUGUUCCGUUUAUUCGCGUUAUUAUCCCACCAAAACUCUCGUAAUGGCUGAGAUAUCGAAAGGGGUCAACGCCGGAAAAUUGGCUAGUAAUGUACAGAAAAGGAUAACGCGAGCACAGGAGAAGAUGAUGCAGAAACUAGGGAAGGCUGAUGAAACCAAAGACAUAGCCUUUGAGGAGGAUGUGGCUAACUUCAACAAGCAGAUGGCAGAAGGCACUAAAUUGCAGAGAGACCUGAAAGCAUAUCUGGAUGCUGUUAAAUCAAUGCAUGAGUGCUCAAAGCGACUACAAGGCUGCCUAGCAGACAUUUAUGAGCCAGACUGGUAUGGGAAGGAUGAACUGAACAACAUCACUGAGAACACAGAUGUCCUGUGGGGAGAUUUCCAUCAAAACCUUUUGGAAAGUGCACUCAACUCAGUGGAUGAAUACAUGGCACAGUUUCCUGAAAUUAAGGCACGCAUCGCUAAACGUGACAGGAAGCUGGUGGAUUUUGAUAGUGCCAGACAUCAUUUUGCCUCUAUACAGAAAAGUAAAAAGAAGGAUGAGGCCAAAAUUGCCAAGGCAGAGGAAGAUUUGGGAAAAGCCCAAAAGGUGUAUGAAGAAAUUAAAUACAACCUUCAAGAGGAGCUACCAUCUUUGUGGAACAGUCGUGUUGGUUUGUAUAUGACCACCUUUCAGAGUCUAGCCCAGCUGGAAGAGAAGUUCCACAGUGAGCUGGGCAAAUUGAACCAAAAUUUGUGUGAUAUUAUGGCCAACCGGGAACAACAACAGAAUAAAAAUGUUACUACGAAGGCACCUGAGAAGAGCAAGGAAGUAGCAGCCAACCACAAUAUCACAGCAGAGUCUGAGGGUGAUAUAAAUAAACCACCAUCUAAGACACAUGCAGCCACAUUGGUGACCAAUGGUGGCUCUAAUAUUGAGCUUCCACCAGAAGUUCUGUACAAGGUUCAAGUGAUACAUGAUUAUGCAGGUACAGACAGUGAUGAGCUAGACCUCAAAGCUGGGGACAUUGUGCUUGUAAUGCCUUUUGUCAGCCCCGAUGAGCAGGAUGAAGGAUGGUUGGUAGGUGUGAAAGAGUCACACUGGCUUCAAAAUAAGGACCUUACUGCUAAGGGUGUAUUCCCUGAAAAUUUCACCCAGAGGUUGUGAACAUGGUGUCUACAUUUAUGGUCUUUAUCAAUUUCUUUUUCGACUAUUAUCUUUUUUUAUUUGCUCACUUAUACAUCCUGAUUUAAUCUGUCUACAUAAAUCCACCAAGGUUUUGUUUUAAAGAAGUUAUUUGAAGCACUGUAAUGUAUCGUUGUAUCAUCACAUCUCUAAAUGUGAUAUUAGUACAAUUCACUUGCAGGAUGUUUCGUGUACAUUUUAACAUUUGUACAUUUCUACUGAUUAGUUAUCUUGCAAUUGUGUAUGUAUUUUGCUAUAAGAAGAUUGAAGGUUGUUCUAGAGAAAUACAUCGAAAAAGCAUUGAAGAAAUGAAUGAAAUCUAUAUUUG